CAACGAAUUUGACAAAUACAAAUACAAAAUUCGUUCACUGACAGACAGUUCUUAUAAAUUGGAAUAAGACCGGAAUAUUUGGGUUAAAUAAUUGUUUAAACCAAAAAUCUACAAGAUGAUUAGUGUUUUGAAUACUAUCGAUACGGGGCACGAAGAUAUGAUACAUGAUGCGGAGUUAGACUACUACGGAUUACGUUUAGCCACAUGUUCGUCGGAUAACACAGUAAAGGUUUACGAUAUCAAGAGUGGCACGCAAACCCUUGCUGCUGAUUUGAAGGGUCACUUUGGUCCAGUGUGGCAGGUAGCAUGGGCACAUCCAAAGUUUGGAAAUCUACUAGCUUCUUGUUCUUACGAUAGGAAAGUUAUUAUUUGGAAAGAAUCUGGCGAAUGGACAAAAUUGUAUGAAUAUACUGGUCACGAAAGCUCUGUGAACUCCGUGGCUUGGGCUCCCGCUGAAUACGGACUUAUACUAGCGUGUUGUAGUUCAGACGGAUCUAUAUCUAUUAUUACUUAUAAUCAAGAUGGUGCUAACUGGGAGGUUAAGAAGAUUCCUGGAGCUCAUGCUAUUGGCGUCAACUCUAUAAGUUGGUGUCCCGCGAUUUCUGCAGACUUAAGUUUAGAUCCACUUACUAAUCGGGAUGCACCUAAAAGAAUAGUUUCAGGUGGAUGUGAUAAUUUGAUAAAGAUAUGGAAAGAACAAGGUGACCAAUGGGUGGAAGAAAAUCGUCUUGAAAUGCACAUGGACUGGGUGAGAGAUGUCGCUUGGGCACCAUCAUUAGGACUCCAGCAUUCCAUGAUAGCGAGUUGCUCACAAGACAAGAGAGUUGUCAUCUGGACAAGUGAUGACAAUGUAUCCUGGACUCCAGUAAUCUUGAAUACAUUUGAUGAUGUUGUAUGGAGUGUUAGUUGGUCACUAACUGGUAAUAUCUUAGCUGUUUCCGGUGGUGAUAAUAAGGUAAGCCUUUGGAGAGAGAAUGGUGACGGCCAAUGGUUAUGUAUAAGUGAAGUUGCUAAAGGAUUGGGACAAACACCUAAUGAAGAAAGAAGCACUCUUUAAGUUUAUUAUUUGUAAAAUUUUGUGAAUUAAUGUAAAAAUAGUAAUGUAAUUCAAUAUAAUUUUGUUUUUUUUUUCUUCUAUAAUUAAUAAUUGAAUAAAUUCUGAUAUUUGUUGAUUGAGAAAGUAAAAGGCAAUAGAAGAAAAAAAUAAAGGUCAAUAAGGCAUUAUAAACUGUAAUUUAAAAUUAAACGGUCAAUGUC